AUGGGUGUUGUGGAUUAUUUUAGUCGGCCGCGUGAUCGCCAGGCGCAUGGUGGUGAUGAAACACCCACUAUGGAAGCCCCUAAAGUAAUCGAACCCACUAUUAUCUCCAGUCCUGAGUCUUCGGGAGUGGUCACCCCGGCACACAUGCUCCCUUCCCCAGCUGGCAGCGAGGAUCCUCUUAUCUUAGAAAAGAUCCCCCAUCAAUUUGGCCGUUUGGGUUCUUGGAAAGGCUGUUUGAUCUUGCUGGUAACUUCUGGCUCUCAGUUCCUUGACAAUGUCUUCAUGACAAGCGCCAAUAUUGCCCUGCCCUCGAUUCAACAAGAUUUUGAUGUAUCGAGCACUGAUUUGCAAUGGAUGAUUUCUGCAUACACUUUGUCGUUUGGCGGUUUCCUUCUGUUGGCUGGUGCCUUAUCUGAUCGCUAUGGGCGAAAGAAGAUCCUCUGUGUGGGCCUCGCCUGGCUUUCUGUGUGGACGCUGGCCAUUGGAUUUGGACAGUCGUUUAUUCAGCUCACAGUGUUCCGUGGCAUUCAAGGAAUUGGAGCUGCUUUGACCGUUCCAUCAGCUAUCGGAAUCAUCAGCUCCUACUUCAGUGGUGUUGACCGCACCCGGGCCCUGUCAAUAUAUGGAGCCUCCGGUACUCUGGGAUUCUGCACUGGCCUCAUAUUCGGUGGUUUCUUGACCUCUUCGUUGGGAUGGAGAUAUAUCUUCUACCUCAUUGUUAUCAUCACCGGGUCACUGGGGAUUCUAGGCUUUAUUGUUUUGCCAAAUGACAUUCCUUCUGAGAGGAAACACGAAAGAAUGGACUACAUCGGUGCAGUGAUGUCCACAUCGGGCUUGAUCUUGCUCCAAUUCGUGCUGUCCAGUGGCGGAACUUAUGGUUGGGACCAACCCUUUAUCAUUGUUCUCUUGAUCUUGGCUGUCGGUCUCCUCGUUGGAUUCACAAUUUUUGAGAAUUACAUCAGUAACCCUAUUAUGCCGCUCUCUCUGUGGAAGAUUCGCAACUUUGCCGGUCUCUGGAUUAUUGGUUUCACCGGCUAUGGCACCUACCAAAACGUUAUCUACUACAUCGUUCUCAUCGCACAGAAAGUAGACAAGCUUUCUGCCGGUGAUACAGCCCUUCGCUUCCUGCCAAUGGGGGCGAUUGGCUUCAUCGUUUCCCUCGGAACAGGAAAGCUUCUCGAAUUCAUGAAUGGAAAGCACCUCCUCAUCAUCGGACUUGUUCUAGCCGUGGUCGCCCCUAUCUCGAGUGCCUUGACUUCGAAUCCUGAAUCAAGCUUCUGGCUCAAUGUUCUUCCUACAUCUCUUAUCAGCAUCUCAUCAGUGUCAUUUAUCUUCGUCACGACAAGCACUGUGGUACUCACAAGUGUUCCAGUUGAAGUCAAGAGUCUGGCUGGCGGAAUGCUCAACACUGCAUUCCAAAUUGGCUCUGGUGUUUCAUUGGCUAUUUCGGCGGCCGUUACCGAUGCCGUUGAUAUUCAACAAGGACAUGGACUCGCCGAGCAAUACGCUACCGGCCUCUGGUGUUCCAUCGGUAUGGCCGGGCUUGGCCUGAUCAUUGGUCUUUUUGCAGUACGACACAAAGGCAUCGGGCCUAAAGAUAGAAUGGGCGCGGGCCCAGUUGCUAUCUAA